CACGCCAAACAUCACUCCUGUAUGUAUCUUGUUGUUUGUGUAGGGUUUAAUCACAGUCUCUCGGAUCAUUUUGGGUUUUUCUUCUUUAAAUUUUGUUAGCUAGGUUACCAAAUGAAUGUUGGAAUGCCACACUAUUGGGUAUUUGAUUCUGUUAUUGCUGUGUUUGGUUUUUGGUGACAAUCACAUAUGUUGUUGCAGCUUCCAAUCUUUCUUAUGGAAUUGCCUGUCUACCUGGAAACUCUGCUACAAAAAUGCAACUCUUUCCCCCGCAUCAAGCAACUCCAAGCCCAUCUCAUGACCACCGGCAGAUUUCAAUUCUGCCCUUCGCGCUCAAAACUUCUCGACUUAUGUGCCAUCUCUCCUGCCGGUGACCUCUCCUUUGCGUAUCAUAUUUUUCGGAAAAUCCGGAUACCUAGGACCAAUGACUGGAAUGCCAUCUUGCGCGGGUUAGCCCAGAGUGCUAAUCCCGUCAAAGCCAUCUCGUGGUACAAGACCAUGUCCCAUGGAUCCCAUAGAGUGGAUGCACUAACUUGCUCCUUCACUUUGAAGGCGUGUGCGCGUGUUUUAGCUUGCUGUGAGGCCACCCAGUUGCACUCACAGGUGGUGCGAUACGGGUUCAUUGCUGAUGCUAAAUUAGGUACCACCUUAUUAGAUGUAUAUGCGAAAACUGGCUGUCUUGAUAGUGCAAAGAAGGUCUUCGAUGAAAUGUCUAAGCGAGAUAUUGCCUCAUGGAAUGCGUUGAUAGCUGGAUUGGCUCAAGGGGAUCAACCCAUCGAGGCUCUGUCUUUAUUUAAAAGAAUGAGAUUCGAGGGAUUGAAACCUAAUGAUAGAACUGUUCUUGGUGCUCUUUCCGCGUGCUCCCAACUUGGUGCUGUGAGAGAAGGCGAAAAGAUUCAUUCUUUCAUAAGGGAUGAAAACUUAGAUACGAAUGUGCAAGUUUCCAAUGCUGUUAUUGAUAUGUAUGCAAAAUGUGGGUUAGUGGAGAAAGCGUGUUUGGUGUUUGAUAACAUGACUUGCAAGAAGAGUAUUGUCUCAUGGAACACCAUUAUCAUGGCGCUUGCAAUGCAUGGCGAUGGCUACAAAGCACUUGAGCUUUUCAAGCAAAUGGCUCAAGCUGGGGUGCCCCCAGAUGUUGUGUCAUACCUUGCUGUACUAUCUGCUUGUAACCAUGCCGGAUUAGUAGAAGAUGGUGUUAGAUUAUUCAAUUCGAUGCCAGCUUGUGGUGUCACUCCUGCUGUUAAACAUUACGGGAGUGUUGUUGAUUUGUUAGGCAGAGCUGGGCGGCUCAAGGAGGCUUAUGACAUUGUAAAUUCUAUGCCAAUGUAUCCUGAUGUGGUUCUUUGGCAGAGCUUGCUUAGUGCUUCUAUCACCUACAAUAAUGUGGAAAUAGCAGAAAUUGCAUCACAGAAGCUGGUGGAUAUGGGUUCUAGUAGUUGUGGUGACUUUGUUCUACUAUCAAAUGUUUAUGCAAAACACGAGAGAUGGAAUGAUGUUGGGAGGGUGAGAGAGGCUAUGAAAAGUAGGGAUGUAAAGAAGCUGCCUGCUUUUAGCUAUAUUGAACUAGAGGGUACGAUGCACAAGUUCUUCACUAAUGACUACAGCCAUGAGAAGUGGAGAGAGAUCCAUAGGAAAAUGGAGGAGAUUAGUUUUAGGAUUAAAGAGCAUGGCUAUGUGGCUGAGACUAGUUUUGUCCUUCAUGAUAUAGAAGAGGAGGAGAAGGAGAGUGCUUUGUGUUAUCACAGUGAGAAGUUGGCUGUGGCCUUUGGUUUGACUAGUACCAAUGAAGGGAUGCCAAUUCAAGUGAUCAAGAAUUUGAGGAUUUGUGGGGAUUGUCAUGCAGUAAUUAAGAUCAUAUCCAAGAUUUACAACCGGGAAAUUAUUGUCAGAGACCGAGCUCGGUUUCAUAGAUUUAAAGAAGGUUCAUGUUCUUGUGGAGAUUUCUGGUGAGAAAUUUUGUUUGGCAUUUAUUAUCAAUGUCAUGCUUUAAUGAAACUUGAAGUUUCUUAGGUUACAAAACAUUGAGGAAGACCCUUGUAGAAAGCAUAUUGAAACCCGUCAACAUGUUAGGAGCUCAUGAACGAGCUCAAGUUUACGCGAUGCUAUGCACGCUCUACAAGUUCCUUGUCAAUGCCCGCAUACCUCUUUCUUGUAGAAAGCAUACUGCAGGUCUUCAACUGAAUGUUCCCCCACAACUUCCAUUAUUCCCGUGGAUCAAACUAAGGAGGUUUCCUGAGGAUGGCAUUCAUAUUGAUGCCUCACCAGAUGUCUAUUCUUCUUUUUUGGGGACUACAGGACCCAUAUGCCCACCCAGGGAAAGGAGACCUUCGGUUCUCAUAUUCUGUUUCACAGUGGAUGCUGCUUUUCUUCAAUCAGCCAGAACUUUACAUGAUUACCUUGGAGCAACCUGAGGGUGGUGAACAACAUACUCUUGGAGAUGAGCAAUAUCCAUCGAGGGUGAGUAAGAUGGAUCAAAUAUCCAAAGGAGGGACUGUUGUCAUGUUGUCAUCUAAUGCUUGAUUGUAUACUUUUCCCUCUAGCUCAGGGAUUACUAGUAGUAUUGACUAUUGAGUUCUCAUCUUCUGUUUCUCAGUCAUUGGAUCUUGGUUAUCGUAAAGAGGAUGUUCAGCCGAACUUCCUGUGAUUACCAUGGAGCUAUGAACAUCAUUAUAAUUUUGGUGAAACUGUGAAAUAGGUGUAGGUCUCUGAAACUUCUUUGCAUUCGCCAGAAGAAGAGGGAACUCGUUCCGUCUGUUGAAAACAUUUACAUUCCCUCCUUCUUCAUGUAUUCCAAACCAAGAACUGGAAAGUUAGGUCAAGGUCCUUCAAGCACUGAUGCAGCUCAAGUUUCUCCUGCCAUUGUUUACGUAUAAGGAUUCUGCUCGGUGGAUUACUUCUGCAGACAACAUCAAGCUGAAAAUUAACAGAAGAUGGAUGCUUGAACAACAAAGGGUUUGAUUCAAACUCAAGUGAAUUAGCAAGUCAUUUCUUGUAUCCGUAGGGGAUUGUCCUGUAUGUUUUUUGUUGUGGGAACUUCUCCUUUGUAUAGGUUGAGGCUAUAUUAUCAGUCUGGAGUGAAAGAAAAGAAUGAUCUUUAACU